AUGGUCCGUUCUUUCGAGAGCCGUAUCGAGGCGGAAGCGACGAUGGUGGAGAAGAUGCUGGAUGUUGAGGAGAUUGACGACACAGACAUCGCCGACGAGGUGGACAUUUUGGACAGCGGUGAGGGUGAACUGUCACCGCAAUCCGGGCGCCACGAUUGGGCUAGCCAACUGGUGAAUGUGGGCCAUAUGAAUGGUAUCCGCUACCCGGACUCAGCAGCCGUCUCCCCAAACGGAAAUGGCUGCCUGGACCCCGAUCGACGCAUGAGGCGACAAAUUGCCAACUGCAACGAGCGCCGCCGGAUGCAGAGUAUCAACGCUGGCUUCCAAACACUCAGGAAUCUACUGCCGAGGAAGGAGGGGGAGAAGUUGAGCAAGGCAGCGAUACUCCAACAGACCGCUGAGCUGAUUCAUAGCCUGAAGAAUGAAAUGAAUCGAUUGUUGGAUGACCGGGAAGGGGCUGUGCCGAAGAGGCGGAGGUUUUCAGAAGAAAUCGCCCACGAAGAAACGCGGCAAGUCAUCGAACAGCUCCAAUGUGCCUUAGAACGAGAACGGGGCCUUCGAGCCCUGUACGAAAGCCAAUUAGCUAGCCAACUACCAAUGGCCCAGCCCGCCAAGCCACAACCCCCACUCGGGCUGGUACAAGAAGAAGCCAAAAUGUUGCGAAUGCAUAUCGGGGAAGAGACGGCGAGACCCGUGCCAACAUUGGCGCCAUUGCCACUUUUGACGAUGGUCGGCACUACGCAUAAUACUAUCAACCAUGCGCUGUCGCCCGAGGCUACGGUAUCGGUGAUCAAGCCGUUGCCGACGACACCAGUUCUCGAAGCCCUCCCACCAACACCAACAAUGAGCCUCACCCCCCAGCCACCCACGAUAAACACCUCAACACCGACGAUUGCCCUGAAUUUCGGCAUCCAGCGGCCACUGUCCUCCCUGGGCGGACCGACAAACUCCCCCUCCCCUCCACAACUAAAUACACCACCUGUAUCGGCGGCGUUUGAGACUCACCGCUCGCUGAAUGUCAUCCUGGAUGCUAUUCGGCAUUUGGAGGGUGGAGCUUAUCAGGCAACCCCUCCAACAACCCCUACCUCACAUGCCAACCUGAUGGUGCGC